ACUAUCCAGUGUACAAAGGAUGGCCAGUUUGUGGUGGUGGUUGCCAGGGAUGCCACUCUGCCCAACCUGGAGCUAGAUUCUAUCAGCCUGCUAGGGGCAAACGGAGAUCACUGCACCCCUGUCGGCACCACAUCUGCCUUUGCCAUCUACCAGUUCAAAGUCACUGAAUGUGGAACUGUCAUGACGGUACGUAUCACCUGUGUUUGGCUUCAGUCUAAGUACAGGGAAGUAGUUCCUCUCUCCUUCAAAUAAGUGGAUCACAUCAUCUAUAUUAGUUGCAACAAUGAUCAUAUCAUUGAUUGUUUAUUCAGGUUUAAAGAUGUUGCCGCAUUGUGGCAAAAGCUCUUUGUCAAAGCUAUAAUGAUUUUGCCUCUUAAAGAUGAGCUGUAUAAGAGAGUUGUGUUUAUUGCAGGAGGAACCUGGUACUAUUUUCUAUGAGAACAGGUUGUCCUCUUCAUAUGUAGUGGGGAUUGGACCCAUCGGCACCAUCACCAGGGACAGCCAAUAUGAGUAGGUGAUCUUCAAUAAUUAUGAUAAUAAUAACAGCAAUAUCCUAGGGAAGUCUAAAAUAAGCUUAACCCUGUCAUGUAUUUUACUGUAUAUUGGGCUAGGUUGGGAAUUUUGCCAAGACACUGGAGUUAACACAAAUGUUCUUCUUAAAUGUGUAAUGGGAUCUUUAGUCAAAAUAAAAUGUGUCACGUACACAGUUUACAGCAGCUAUGCAGCAGGUGUGCUACCUCCCUCAACAUUGCAGUACAAUAAUCAAUAAAGGGUCAAAUGGUUGGAGUGGAUGGGUGGGCAUAUAUCAGUAACGUCUAGCAACCAAAAGGUUGUGUGUUCGAAUCUAAUCAGUGGACAAAUUUAGCAUUUUAGCUAAUUAGCAACUUUGCAACUACUUACUGCUUUUUAGCUACUUUGCAACUACUUAAUAUGUUAGCUAACCCUUUCCCUAACCAUUACCUUAACCCUUUAACCUAACUCCUAACCCUAACGUUAACCGUAACCUUCUUAACCCCAACCUUAACCUUAAUCCCUAACCCUAACCCCUAGCUUAGAGAAUGUUAGCCACCUAGCUAAUGGUAGCGUUAGCCACCUAGUUAGUAAAAACAUAUUGGAAUUUGUAGCAUAUAAUACAAAUUGUAAUUCGUAACAUAUUAUACAAAUUGUAAUUCGGAACAUAUCAUACCAAAUGGAUGAUGGACAUCCACAAACUAAUACCAAACACAAAACAUAUCAUACUAAUUUGGGUGUCCCGGAUCUUUGUUUACUAUGUUACGUCUACCCCUGAUUCAAGGUUGAUGUACAGUAUGUGUGUGUGUGUGUAUGUAUGUGCGUGUGUGAGCGAGAGAAAGAGAGAGUGUGAGAGAGAGUGUGAGAGAAAGAGAGAGAGAGAGAGAGAGAGAGAGAGAGAGAGAGAGAGAGAGAGAGAGAGAGAGAGAGAGAGAGAGAGAGAGAGAGAGAGAGAGAGAGAGAGAGAGAGAGAGAGAGAGAGGGAGGUCUGUGUGCAUUUGUGUACAUCACCUUAUGUUUCGGCGAGUCCAUAUGAGACGAGACCACAGGUUGAGAGCAGUUCAUGACACAUCCACAAGAAUUUGCAUACCUAACGAGAUCUUUCUUUGGGUGAUAUUCACAUUUAUUGCAUAUACUGUACACUCCCCUAUGUAUUUAUUUGGACAGUGAAGCUAAAACUUUUAAUUUGUCUCUACAAUGCCUUCAGAAGGUAUUCACACCCCUUUAAUUUUUCCACAUUUUGUUGUGUUACAGCCUGAAUUUAAAAUUGAUUAAAUUGACAUUUUGUGUCACUGAUCUACACAAAAUACCCCCAUAAUGUCAAAGUGGAAUUUUCUUUGUAGAAGUCUUUUUACAUUAAAAAAAUAUUAAAAUCUGAAAUGUCUUGAGUCAAUAAGUAUUCAACCCCUUUGUUAUGGCAAGCCUAAAUAAGUUCAGGAGUAAAAAUGUGCUUAACAAAUCGUAUAAUACAUUGCAUGGACUGAUUCUGUGUUCAAUAAUAGUGGUUAACAUGAUUUUUGAAUGACUACUGCAUCUCUGUGAAUUUCAAACACAGAUUCUACCACAAAGACCAGGGAGGUUUUUCAAUGCCUCGCAAAGAAGGGCACCUAUUGGUAGAAAAUUUUUAAAAAGUACACGCUGAAUAUCCCUUUGAGCAUGGUGAAGUUAUUAAUUACACUUUGGAUGGUGUAUCAAUACACCCAGUCACUACAAAGAUAAAGAUGCCCUACCUAACUCCGCCGGAGAGUAAGAAAAAACCGCUCAGAGAUUUCACCAUGAGGCCAAUUGUGAUUUUAAAACAGUUGCAGAGUUUGAUGGUUGUGAUAUGAGAAAACGGACACUACUGAUCCACAAUACUAACCUAAAUGACAGAGUGAAAAGAAAUAAGCUGGUACAGAAUAACAAAUAUUCCAAAACAUGCAUCCUGUUUAUAACAAGGCACUUAAGUAACACUGCAAAAAAAGUGGCAAAGCAAUUCACUUUUUGUCCUGACUACAAAGCGUUAUGUUUGGGGAAAAUCCAAUACAACACAUUAAUAAGUACCACUCUUAAUGUUUUCAAGCAUAGUGGAGGCUGCAUCAUGUCAUGGGUAUGCUUGUAAUUGUUAAGGACUGGGGAGUUUUUCAGGAUAAAAAAACUGAAUGGAGCUAAGCACAGGCAAAAUCCAAGAUGAAAACCUGGUUCAGUCUGCUUUCCACCAGACACUGGGAGAGUAAUUCACCUUUCAGCAGGACAAUAACCUAAAACACAAGGCCAAAUCUACACUGGAGUUGCUUACCAAGAAUACAGUGAAUGUACUUGAGUGACGGAGUUACAGUUUUGCCGUAAAUCUACUUGAAAAUCUAUGGCAAGACCUGCAAACGGUUGUCUAGCAAUGUUCAACAACCAAUUCGUAUUCAUUCGCCGCCAUUGUCUCACCAGCGUGCCCGUGUGGUGGCCUCUAUAGUGUUGUCUUCGCCUCCUUCGAGUGUCGGGGAUUAGGGCCUGGUUCGGGAUAAUCAAUAUGUCUUUCGCCUCCGACUCAUUGAAGUAGAAGUCCUCGUCCAAAUCGAGGUUAGUGAUAGAUAUUCUGAUGUCCAGAAGCUUUUUUCGGUCAUGGUCGAAACAUUAAAUACAGAAAAGUUAAGAACAGCGCAAAAAAAUACACAAAAAAAACGGCCGCCAUUCCCCCCAGGUGCCAUUCCAUUAAAUGACAUAUAGGCAAGCCAAAACGCCUCCUACACAUUGAACAGCCAGGUCACCCCUGAUACAAGUCAGUAUUCGAUGUCCAUCCAUGUCUGAGGACGUCGGGAGAUGACGUGGAAACCAUCCACUAGGGGCUACAUUGAGCGCUGUUACCUUCAAGUAGAUUUCAGUUUUGCUUGUCAUGGACGGGGAUGGUGGAUAGUCGUAAGCAUCUGCCUCAGAUUCCAAAGGGCCAAUGGUUGCAUGUUCGAAUCCAGCGAUAGAAAGUUGUUUUUGAAAUUUUUGUUUUAAGCCUGUACCAAACCUUAACCCUUAACUUAACCAUUUGGAGUUAAUGCCUAACCUUAAGAUUUCAGAGUUAAUGCCUACACUUUACCUUAAACACUUCAAAAUUUGAUGUUUGCAACAACUUCGAAAUGUGAUGUUUGAGAAACAUGGAUGAAUGUCUAUUUCUGGCGUGAGACUGUGAGAGCUAGUUGCCUUAUAUGGCCGGCUUUAAAGUCGAGAUGUCAAGAUGUCUGACCACACUCCCUUUCUUCCCAGUGUAAUAUUCCAGUGCAGAUAUAGGGGCAUUGUGAUUGAGGCUCUGGUGAUUGAGGUGAAGCAGGUGCCUCCCCCAAUUCUUCUACCAGCUCCUGGACCCCUCAGAGUUGAGCUCAGACUGGCCAAUGGAAUAUGCCUCUCUAAGGGUUGUAAUGAAGGCAAGUGGCACUAUAUUCAGUGAUUGGUUUGUUGGAUUAAUAAAUGUGCGAAUGAAUUAAUCUUUCUUUUGAAACAGAGGAGGCAGCCUACGUCUCUUACUACACAGAGGCAGACUACCCUGUCACCAAGGUCCUCAGGGAUCCCGUGUACGCUGAGGUUCGCAUCCUGGAGAGGACAGAUCCCAACAUUGUGCUGACCCUGGGUCGCUGCUGGGCCACCACAACCCCCGACCCUCUCAGUCUGCCCCAGUGGGACCUUAUCAUUUAUGGGUAAAUAUCUGAAUAAGUAGUAGUAAAGUAGAAGAAGAAUAACUGUACGUCCAAUUUAUUUUAUGCCAUUUCUUGUAAAGAUUAGGAAAAUGUUCAGCAGCUCUAGGAGAACAUCACUUCAAAAAUACUGUACCUCUUUAUUGUCAAAACCAACGCGUUUCAUCUCAUAGCCUUGAUCAGGUUAUUUGCCAUUGCUGGUGUAAACGGCUAAUUGAAAGUUGUAGCAUGGCUGUAGCCCACCUCGGCGCAGACAGAAAGACACUUGAAUGACCAUGACAUUGUCUGUCUGUCUACUGUAUGUCUCUCUCUCUGUGUGUCUGUCUCUCUUUGUCUUUCUUUCUUCGUUCGGAUCUUUAGAUGUCCCUACAAGGAUGACCGUUAUCUGACCAUGCCCAUCCCUGUGGAAGCCUCCUCUGGUCUGUCCUUCCCAACCCACUACAGGCGCUUCGUCCUCAAGAUGUUCACCUUUGUAGAUCCAACAUCUAUGUCCCCCCUGAGGGAGAGGGUAUGA